AGCUGCUCAAGAUGACUGAAACAGAGUCGCAGUCGUCAAUGGACUACUCGGAGGACGAGGACGAGGACGAGAGUGCGCUGCAAGACUACUACCAGUUCGGAUGUGACGACCUGGAGGAGGACACGUCGCGACAAAACCCCGAGUUCUUCCCGGUCGAGUGUCUCAGUGUCGAGGAGGUGGAGCGGCUCUUCAACGAGUGGGUGGAGCAGCUGAGCACCAGCCUGCAGGUGACGCCCUCGCUAGCCAAGCAGUUACUGCACUCCAACAGUUGGAACGCGGCCGAGAUCGUGGCGCGGUACCGCGCUAACUCCAGCCAGCUGCUGGCCGAGGCGCAGAUCAAGCCGCGGCCAGCGCCACCGCCGCCGGCCGCACCGGCCGCCUGUGUGCCGGGGCCCAGCCACGCCUCCCAUCCGCUAUCCGCUACCGCCGCCGCCGCUGCCGCUGCCUCCGUCGCAGCCGGUGCCGUGCUGCCGCCGGCCGAGUGUCCCGUCUGUGCGAGCGUGCAGCCGUCGAGCGAGUUCCGAGCGCUCGCCUGCCGCCACCACUUCUGCCAGGGCUGCUGGCAGAUGCACUUCGAGACUCAGAUCAUGCAGGGUAUCUCGCUCGGUAUCGAGUGUAUGGCGCGGCAUUGCAACAUCCUGGUACCGGAGGACUUUGUGGUGUCGCUGCUGACGCGGCCGGCGCUGCGCGGCCGCUACCAGCAGUACGCCUUCGCCGACUACAUUCGCUCUCAACCGCAGCUCAGAUUUUGUCCCGGCCCGAACUGUCCUAUAAUAAUUCGUGCGUGGGAACCCAAGGCCAAAAGGGUAGUGUGCAGCAAGUGUAAAACCUCUUUCUGUUUCCGGUGCGGCAUCGACUACCAUGCGCCAGCCGACUGCGACACGGUCAAGAAGUGGCUGACCAAGUGCGCGGACGACAGCGAGACGGCCAACUAUAUAUCGGCCAAUACCAAAGAUUGCCCAAAGUGCCAUAUCUGUAUAGAGAAGAACGGGGGAUGCAAUCAUAUGCAGUGUUUCAGCUGCAAGUUUGAAUUCUGUUGGAUGUGUCUAGGCAAUUGGAAAAACCACGGGUCCGAGUACUACGAGUGCUCACGGUACAAGGAGAACCCCAACAUCGCCAGCGACUCGGUCCACGCCAAGGCACGCGAGGCGCUCAAGAAGUACCUGCACUACUACGAGCGGUGGGAGAAUCACUCCAAGUCGCUGGCACUGGAGGCCCACACGCGGCAGAAGAUCGUGGACCGGAUCAACCAGAAGGUCAACGACGCCAGCGGCACCUGGAUAGACUGGCAGUACCUGCUGGACGCGGCCGCGCUGCUGGCCAAGUGCCGGUACACGCUGCAGUACACGUACCCGUACGCCUACUACCUGGAGUCUGGCUCCCGCAAGGCGCUGUUUGAGUACCAGCAGGCGCAGCUGGAGGCCGACAUUGAGGAGCUGUCCUGGAAGGUGGAGCGCGCCGAGACCACCGACCGCGGCGAGCUCGAGAACCACAUGAGCCGCGUCGAGAAGAGCCGCACCAUGCUGCUGCGCGAGUUCAUAGAGCCGUAGUGGCCGGCGGUGCGGCGCGGCAGCCGCGUGCUGCGGGCGGCGUCGGCUCUAGUUCCGGGGCGGCCCGAGGCGUCCGAGUCUCCUCUGCCGCGU